AUGGCGGAACCGCAUCGGCAUGCGGAAGAGCCCAAUGGCCCUAUAGAUCCGGAGCUUCUGUACACGAAGGAGUACUGCAUUGGCGGUGGUAGCUUCGGCAAGGUGUUCAAGGGGUAUGUCCGAAGCGGGCGCUCUGUCGCCAUCAAAAUCAUCGACGUCGAGAAUGCCGAGGACGAGGUCGAGGACAUCAUCCAGGAAAUCGCCAUCCUGUCCGAGCUGCAGUCUCCCUACGUGACGAAGUACUACGGAUCCUAUGCAAAGGGCGCCGAGCUAUGGAUCGUCAUGGAGUUUUGCGCCGGAGGGAGCUGCGCCGACCUCAUGAAACCGGGCAUCAUGGGCGAGGACUACAUUGCAAUCAUCAUAAGGGAGUUGCUGAUGGGUCUGGACUAUCUGCACACGGACAAGAAGCUGCAUCGAGACAUCAAAGCGGCCAAUGUCCUUUUGGGAGCCAAUGGCCAGGUCAAGCUGGCCGAUUUUGGCGUGUCGGGCCAGCUCUCGGCCACCAUGACGAAGAAGAACACAUUCGUCGGGACUCCCUUCUGGAUGGCACCCGAGGUCAUUAAACAAUCUGGAUAUGAUCACAAGGCUGAUAUUUGGUCCCUCGGUAUUACCGCCCUCGAGCUGGCCAACGGGGAGCCCCCUUAUGCCGACAUCCACCCGAUGAAGGUUCUCUUUCUCAUCCCUAAAAACCCGCCCCCGAGGCUGGAGGGCAACUUUACCAAAGCCUUCAAGGAUUUUGUCGAACUGUGUCUGCAGCGGGAUCCCAAGGAGCGACCUACCGCUCGAGACCUUUUGCGACACCCCUUUAUCCGGAAGGCAAAGAAGACGACAUAUCUCACCGAGCUGAUAGAGCGGCAUAGCAGAUGGGCGGCCACGCACAAGACGGACGAGGAAGAAACGUGGGAAACCCACGACAGCGUGCCGCCGCAGAGGACGCGAGUCAACGAAGACAUGUGGGAUUUUGGUACCGUGAGGCUCGUCAAUGACCGCGGCAACCUGGUGAACCGGCCACCGAUGCUCAACCCGCUGGGCGCGAGUGCUACGAACACGAGGGCGGCGCGGACUUCGGACGAUUACGGCGAGAGGAGGCGGGAGCCGUCCAGCCCGACGAAGCAUGCUCUGCAGCCGAGCGAUACUCUCAAGGCAACGAACUCGUCCAGCGCGGGAACAUCGCGACAAUCGAGCCCGCAACGCAAGAACGUGCCAACACCAACACAACCACAGCGCGGCUUUACACCGAGGGGUCCCCCGCCCCCUAGCCCCGUGGUGAUCAGGAAGACAAGCUGGGAGGUGCACGAAACGACGCCUAGAGCUUCCAAGAUCGUGACAGUACCGGCCUUGUCGCAAGAGCCCCCCUCCCCUGACUACGAUCGGGAGCUGCAAGCUCAUCUGCAGCGCGACAUGGGAAUUCUGAACUUGAACAUAGAUCUACCCGAUCCUGUCCCUACGCCCUCACCGCCUCCGCCCGCAGCCCCUGCGCACAGGAAUAUUUCGAUACCUCCUGGUUUCGAGAAACCGCUGCCGCCGGCUCACGGUGUGUCGCAGCGUUCAACGAACUCCAAGGAACCGCGGUAUGACCUGGCUGAAAUCCCACCUUACAGAGGACCUUCUCCGAAGCCAGCAUCGCAACCACAGACAACCGUGCAGCGAACGGUGGCCCCUGUUGUGCCGCUCCCCCCCGUGGCUCGAGUGCCGGCCACGCCCACAUCGGCAGCGCCGCCCGUCACUGUCACUGCUCCUCCGCCUGCUCCUCCUUCUGCACCCGUGCCUGCGCCAAACGCAUCGUCGUCUUCGUUACGGUCACUGGGCCAUUCACCAGCAGCGAUGGAAACCUUUCCCUCGCCUCCGGCUGCGAAUCCCAACGGGGAGCUCGAUGCUCUCAACGAUGUCAUCUUUCCUGCACUGGAAGAGGCGCUCAAGCGACGGCAGAUUCGGCUACAGCAUGUGUACAAGCCUGUGCCGAGCGGUUCGUCAAUGUCUUCGAAGCAGCAGCGAGCCGAGGCCGCGCAUGAGAAAGUCCGCAAACUUGUCUAUAAGCUGGCGCAUGUUUGCAAGGAAAUCGACUACCAUGACAAGGCAGAGCCCGUCGGGAUGGGAAGAGAAGUGGGCAACUUUUUGGAGGGCCUCUUGGAGGAGAUUUUAGUUCGUGUCGAGCCGCUGGACGAGGAGGAGGCUUAA